AUGUUAAACAAGAAUGUUCUACUGUGGUCUCUCAUGAUCAGUCUCUUAGGAAUCACUCUCGGUGGUAAUGUUCUGAUUUGGCCAAUGGAAGGGAGUCAUUGGCUGAACAUUAAGAUAAUUAUAGAUGAGCUGAUUAAAAAAGAGCAUAAUGUGACUGUCUUAGUUGCCUCUGGUGCACUUUUCAUCACGCCGACCUCUAACCCAUCUCUGAUAUUUGAAAUAUAUAAGGUGCCCUUUGGCAAAGAAAGAAUAGAAGGAAUUAUCAAGAACUUUGUUUUGACAUGGAUGGAAAAUAGGCCAUCUCCUUCAACCAUUUGGAGAUUCUAUCAGGAGAUAGCCAAAGUCAUCAAGGACUUUCACAUGCUAUCUAGAGAAAUCUGUGAUGGUGUUCUCAAAAACCAAAAACUAAUGGACAAGCUGAAGAAAAGCAAAUUUGAGGUCCUGAUAUCAGAUCCAGUGUUUCCUUGUGGGGACAUAGUAGCUUUAAAACUGGGAAUUCCAUUUAUGUACUCCUUGAGGUUUUCUCCAGCUUCAACAGUGGAAAAGCACUGUGGGAAGGUACCAUUCCCUCCUUCCUAUGUUCCUGCUAUAUUAUCAGAACUCACCGACCAGAUGUCUUUCACUGACAGAGUAAGAAAUUUCAUGUCCUACCAUCUGCAGGACUACAUGUUUGACACUCUUUGGAAAUCAUGGGAUUCCUACUAUAGUGAAGCUUUGGAUGGUAGCCAUUGGUUAAAUAUUAAGGUCAUUCUAGAAGAGCUGGUUCAAAGAAAUCACAAUGUGACUGUACUGGCUUCAUCAACAACUGCAUUCAUCAACUCUAAUCCUGAUUCUCCUGUGAAUUUUGAGGUGAUACCCGUCUCCUACACGAACAGCCAUAUAGACUCCUUCAUUGAACACAUGAUAAUGCUGUGGAUAGACCACAGACCAACUCUUCUCACACUCUGGACUUUCUAUAAAGAACUAGGAAAACUUCUAGAUACUUUUUUUCAAAUCAAUGUACAAAUCUGUGAUGGAAUAUUAAACAACCCCAAGUUAAUGGCAAGACUUCAGAAAGGUGGUUUUGAUGUGUUAGUAGUAGACCCAACAACUAUCUGUGGGGACCUGGUUGCUCUGAAAUUAGGAAUUCCAUUUGUGUACACGUUGAGGUUCUCUCCAGCCUCCACAGUUGAGAGACAUUGUGGGAAAAUCCCGCCUGCCUCCUAUGUACCCGCGGCUUUGUCAGAGUUCACUGACCAGAUGACAUUUGGUGAGAGGGUUAAGAAUACUGUCUCUUAUCCUCUGCAAGACUACAUAUUUCAGUCCUACUGGGGAGAAUGGAAUUCAUACUACAGCAAAGUUCUAGGAAGACCCACUACAUUAUGUGAGAUUAUGGGAAAAGCAGAAAUUUGGCUAAUCCGGACGUAUUGGGAUUUUGAAUUUCCUCGUCCAUACUUACCUAAUUUUGAGUUUGUAGGAGGCUUGCAUUGUAAACCUGCCAAACCAUUACCUAAGGUAGUUCUAUGGAGAUUUGAUGGUUAGAAAACAGAUACCUCAGGGCCAAAUACUCGGCCAUAUAAGUGGAUCCCCCAGAAGAACCUUCUGGGUCAUCCAAAAACCAAAGCCUUUGUAACUCAUGGUGGAACCAAUGGCAUCAAUGAGGCCAUCUAUCAUGGGAUCCCCAUGAUGGGCAUUCCUUCGUUUGUGGAUCAACCUGAUAACAUUGCCCACAUGAAGGCCAAGGCACCAGGUGUCAUAUUGAACUUCCACACAAUGUUUAGUACAGAUUUGCUCAAUGCUUUGAGGACAGUCAUUAAUGACCCUUCAUACAAAGAGAAUGCCAUGACAUUAUCAAGAAUUCACCACGAUCAGCCUAUAAAGCCCUUGGAUCAAGCAGUCUUCUGGAUCGAGUUUGUCAUGCGCCACAAAGGAGCCAAACACCUCAGGCCAGCCUCCCAUGACCUCACCUGGUUCCAGUACCACUCUUUGGAUGUGAUUGGGUUCCUGUUGGCCUGUGUGGCAACUGCUGUAUUUGUCACCACCCAAUGUUGCCUGUUUUGUUACCAGAAGUGUGCAAAAAAAGGGAAGAAUGAAAAAAAGGAGUAGUUGUAUCUGGGACCUCAAGCAGGUAUGCCUCAGAGAUGGGACUCCUCCAGUUUAUUCCAGCAAGAAGUUGUGACAUAAGGUUCCCUUCCUCCUCUGACAAAAUGACUUUUCACAACUUAGCUUCUCAGAUCUCUGCUCUCAAGGGAUUUACUGCCUGUUUGAGAGUUAGAAAUAUGUCAUGCCA